CAAUCACUUCCUGACUUCCAAAACGUAAUGGCACAGCAGAUACCGGAGUUUAAUGAGAAUGGGAACGUUUCUUGAGUAAAUAACACUUUUAAACAACUGAAGUGCUGGUGGCAAGGCAGAGGAUAGUUCUACAUUGGCCAAUAAAAGAUGAUUUUCUCUCACAGUUCUCCGGAGUCUAAAGCCCAGUUUCGGCAAUAUUGGGCUGCCAUCACUGUCAACAUUGGGAUGAUGUCUGGCGGAGAAUACUUUGGCUGGCCCUCCCCUACAUUGCCCAAGUUUUCAGAGCCUGAUGCGCCGUUCCAAAUAACUCACGAUGAUAUCACCAUGAUGGUUUCGUUGCUUUACCUCGGGAAUAUCCUAAGUCCGAUACCAACAGGUUACAUUAUGGACAGAUUCGGCCGAAAAAAAUCUCUAAUCUUUUGCAGUAUAUUUCCAAUUCUAUCCUGGAUCUUGAUUGUCUUUGCUAAAAGUCCAAUUUACUUAUGUAUCUCAAGACUUCUGGCUGGAAUUUGGGUCGGAAUUAUCACGACUGUAGCUCCAAUGUACACAGCCGAAAUAGCAUCGCCAAAAAUAAGAGGUGCUCUUGGAAAUAUGUUUUCUUUCAUGACGUACCUGGGAACUUUGUUCGUUUAUGCCAUAGGUCCUUAUGUUUCUUUUUACACUUUGGCAAUCAUCGCAGAUAUAAUUCCAGUCUAUUUCCUUCUAAUGCUAAUAUCCAUCCCAGAGUCACCCUACUACUACUUAAUCCACAAAAACAAACAAGGAGCGAUACAAUCUUUAAAAUGGUUGAGAGGCGGAGUAGAAGAAGAGAUAUUAGAAAAGGAAGUCAACGAAAUAGAAGAAUUCAUUCAAAAGCAAGCUAAAAGUAAAAAUACUGUUAAAGCUAUAUUCGCCACAAGGGCAAACAGAAAAGCUUUUUUCAUUGUACAGUUGUACGGUAUUUUUGUGAAAUUUGCCGGGAUUGGUAUUUUAAUGGCUUUUAACUCCAUAACACUUCCAAAAGCAAAUCUUGGCUUUCUUCGCCCCCAAGAAUGUUCGAUUGUUCUGGCAUUGAUCUGGGUAAUAUUUUCUGUCUGCUCAAUGUUCCUGGUGGAUAGGUUAGGAAGGAAGAUGCUUCUGACAAGUACAUCGUUCGGGUGUGGAGUAAUGAUGUUCAUCGCCGGCCUGUGGUUCUACUUGCAGACAAACACUACUUUAACUGUUGAAAAAGUCAGUUGGAUACCCUUCGCUUGUUUUGCCGCUCAUGGAAUUAUGUACGCUCUAGGUUUAGGUCCAAUUGGAACUGCUAUCAAGGGAGAAAUGUUAUCUGCAGAUAUUCGAGCAAGUGCAUCUGCAAUAACAUCAAUUGUGUUUGCACUUAGUUCACUCUUCCUCAACCAGACCUAUCUUCCGAUCGCUGACAACAUCGGAAUGUACGUCAACUACUGGAUUUACGCAGCCAGCUGUUUUAUUUGUGCUUUAUUCACCAUUUUCGUGUUUGUGGAGACAAAAGGAAAAAGUUUACAAGAAAUACAGCAGAAACUUCACAAGAAGAAACCAAAACCACUUGAUUGUAAGGCAAACACAGUUUGAAAAAGUACAAACUCAGGUCUAAGUCAACCAGAUGAAAGCUUGACUGUGAAAGUUGUUCAAUGGGGAAAGUCAAGUGCUAUAAUCACAAUCAGAAUAUUUUUUUAAAGUUGGUUCUGAACUUAGGUACAAAACAACUGUGAUCCUAAACAUACUGUUUUAUCUGUGAUACUACAAAAAUUACUAUCAAUGAAAAGUUGUUAGGCUAAACCCUUUUAUUUGGGCAAAAUGUAACGAGAAGAACAAUUUAAAUAGCUGAUUUAUGUAACUUAGGCUUGAUAAAUUUAAACUUAGUAUAAAAUGCAUGUUUUAAGAGGGUUCCACCCGCCGGCUGGUUACUGCGUAAACAUGUCCUAAAAAAAUAACCUCGUGGCAUUAUUUAAAGUCUUUAUCGAGUUGAAAUAAACGGUAAGGUAUUAAAAUAUUCACAAAGCAAACUAUGCACUGGAUGAACUGAAACUUUGUAAUUGUUUCUUUUAAAAAGGAUUUACAAAAUCAUUUUGAAAAUCUGUAAAUAAUUCUUUUUUACAUGUGAUUUUAACUUCUAAAUAAUAGUAAGAAACUAAUUUUUCCCAUCCAAUUCAAGCUCUGAUAUGAAGAGCACAAAAAGCACACAAUCAUUCUAAACUAAUUAGUUUUAGAAUGUUGAGAGCUUGUACAAUAGAGGCAUAUUCAAUCCCGAACUACAUUUCAAUCCAUAUAAUCCACCAACUUGAAUUGACCUUCAAGCUGCCGGGUAGAACCCACUUAAAAGCUUACUCUGAUGUAACUUAUUUUAUUUGUGUAAAAAGUAAUUUUAAGAUUCUACUGCUUGUCUUAUGAAAAAAAUUAGU